AUGACUCAAUCGCACUCUCCCCUUGCGUCCUUCGACCCCUUCGCCGCGCAUCCAUUUACCAACACAAGCGGCCUGAUGGCGCGCCCGCCUCCACCCUCGCCUUACGGUCGCGCUGUGCCGUCGACCUUCAUGACUGCCGGGGGAUCCGCUUCCCCGCCACUCGUGUCACCCGCGCCCUCAGCGCCGCGCACACCCUUGACUCCACCGUCGCGCAAGAAGGAUACGGGCGUGUUCGUGCCAUUCACACCCGAUCGGCAGCCAACGCCGGAACUGGAGGACAUCCUACUCAAGCGUCGUGGUUCGCAAUGGGCGCGGAAGUAG